AUGGCAAGGGCCCGACCGGGGGGAAGCGCCUUCCAUCCUGGCCGGACCACCAGCACAAGGAGCGAACAGCCGCCCUCUGUUGCAAGCCUGUCUGCCUGCCUGCCUGCUGCUGCUAGGCCUGUUGCUCAUCCGCUGGCAGCAGCCCUCCCACAUCCGCCCAGCGCCAGCGCCUUAUACUCACUCUUGGUCCCGCCAUGGAAAAGGCGCACCAGCUCCCGUGGCUCUGCUAGCUAG